UUCAUCCGGGUUUGAAAACUGAUCCUCUCCACGACUCCGCCUUCAGUUAUCGAUCUCUCCCUACAAUUUAGCCGUUCUAUUUCAAACUGCUUGCGAUUUGAAUAUGCCUAAUUUCAAACUACUCAGUUUUCUGCCGCCAUUGUUCUUCAAGCAAAUCCUGUAAUCCGUGUUCAUCGCAACGUUUCCGCCUAUAUGGAUUCAUCUGGUCUGAAACGAUUUCCUUCUUCCAUCCGUGGCCGUGAGUUUCAUAGAGGUCUUUUGUGAGUUUCAUAAAGAUUCAAAGAGCGGAGCAUGCCAGAGCAGGGUUGAUGGUAUAUAUUCAACUACCCGAAAUUCACAUGCAUCAAUGUCAAUUUACGAUGAUUUGAGUGGUAUGAUCACUUGCUGGACGUCUGAAAUCUGAUAUUUGUGCUCCAUUGGUUGAAAGGGAUAAGAUGCAUUCUAAAGGGUUAUUGCGUAGCACUUGGGGUCAGAAAAUCUGUAAUAAACAUUUGUCAGAUGGGACUCCGAUGUGCUUCAGCUAUUUCAGAUUCAAGGGGUAUGAGCGUAUUUCUGCAUCUGUCGGAUCAUUCACGUCACCUGGUGGAACAGACCCGUUUCUCUCCCGUUCAUUUUUUUAUUGAAGCUGCAAAACUACCAGAUCAACCCACUUUAUCUGGGUUAACCCGACCAGCGGUUUUUCUUUCAAACUAACUUCAAGAGAUCGAACGUUGAUGAAGGCUGAUUUUGCGAAUAACUGCUAAAUACGUGGGUCAGACAUCCAAACUUACUCCGCCAGUUUUCAAAUUUGAAUUUGUUCCCAUGGGCGGCGGAGUCAAUUCGUUGAAUUUGCAGUUGCGGAAAGAAUUUUCAUCAUUAUUCUUCAUUAUCAGGACAUGUUUAGUUCUUCUUAAGCAUCCACACUGCCUUUGAAAGAUAUACAUCGUUUCGUGUGUUGCUGAUCAAGUUUGAUAGUCAUAUCUGCAGGACUUAGUUUCCAACGACCCAUGUCACAACUCAUACAAACUGCUGGACGCACUGGAAAAUGAAGAUGGAAUGUCUUGAUUAAUAUCUCAUAUAUAUAUAUAUUCCAGUGAGCCUAAAUUCUGGAGCAACUAUUGGCCGAACAUUAUUCGCAAACCCUCCAAAAAUUUAACAAGACUGUGCCAAAUUCAAGUUUUAAGACUCCAACACGUGCUGAUAAUGUUGCCAACAGCCCUCACACUCCACACAAGGUUCUGCCGUUACACAAGUCACCAGGGCCAAAUCCGUGAAUCAGACAGAUGCAUUUAAGCUCCCAACUCAAACACAAUGUAAUUGUCAUUAUCCGUAUUUUCAUGCCUUUUUUAUUAACAACUCUCUGAUUGUAGGUUCGGCCACAUCACAUGCUACAUCACAAAGGCGUUAAACAAUGCCGGCGUAUGUGCUGCUCAUCAUAAGGUUCAGCAGGCAUAUCUCACGCUAUCACAGAGGAGGCUACAGAGGAGACUUUUUUUCCGUAUUUGGGUUUUGUUGUUUACAUGGACAAUGGAUGGUGGUUAGAGGCUUAGAGCUUUAGCAGCCACAAAUAUUCCUCCUAACUCUGUUCUAACGGGUUGUUCUGUUAUAUUUUCAAACAGGUCGUAAGCAUCCCUUUGGGUGCUCUUUCUCCUUUUCCUGCUGAUAGUCAUGUUGUUGUUCGUGAAAUACGGACUCCACCCCAGCCAAUCAUCGAAGCUUGGUUUGUAUUGAUUUUUUCUAAAAUUUAUCUAGACAAUUCUGAUGUUCGUCCCAGCAAUUCAAGUCGAUUUAAGAAAUCUUGAGCAUGUGUUGCAAUUAUAUGUUAAUAGUUCAUGUGCCUAUAUAUAUCACAGUUAUCUAUAUCUCUCUACCAGUUCCAAUACCAUGCACGAGAAACUGUUACAUUAUUGUUGAUUGCUUGAGGUUAUUUUGACUAAAAGUAACAUGAGUCAAGAUUAGCACAUAUUAAUGGUAUAACUUGGCUUAUCAACAUGCAGAUUUGUUUGUCACUAAGUUAUACUUUUUUAAAUAAAAAAAAGCUGCACCCUAAUGAAAUAUAUAUGAACUUCUGAUAUUUCAUAGGUCAUGAAAUGUACAGAUCAUUUACUGUCAGCAGAGUGUUAUUCACUAAAAUGGCAAUUUACAUUUACUGAUUUGUUUGCAGGAACUGGAUCUUUGAUUUGGUUGCGGGGUACCUACCAAGUGCAAUGCUGAAAUUAUUUAUUUUCUGUGUUCCACCAAUAUGAUGGUUUUCUCAGCAAUAGAGGGUCCUGUUGCAUGUAGUUGUUGAAAAAAGAGUGCUUCCAUCAAUGUUUUGUACUUUCUAAUAUGGAUUGUCUUUUUUGCUAAUAUUCUAUCAGAUCCGUGUUACAGAGGUUUGAUAGAUUUUCAAGUCUAAAAGAUAUUCCUCUGCAACUUGCCAAGGGAAUACCAUCAAUGCGCCAGUUUUACCAGCAAAAUAUACCCUUCCUAAGUUGUUACCAAGUAUUAUAUUCCAUUCACUUUUGUGAUUGAAAGUUAUAGACUCCAACUUAACAGUUAUAGAAAAAGAGGUGGUAAGCAACACUUGACCGCAAAAGCCUGCCAUAUCUUCUGUUUCUAUGAAAUGGUACUGCUUGACCAGAGCAUGAUUAACAGCUCUUCCUGGUCUGUGUGAAGGGCUGUAGAGGAUCGUUCUCAGCUGGGUUUCCUGGCUACGGUGGUCAUGCAGUUGUCUGACAGACCCAUAAUCUUUGCUCUUUGUCGUUAAUUCCCAUCACCUAUUUCUGUUCAAUCUCCGUAGCAAAUAAGGAUGAGUCGCUCAGGCCAGCCCCCAGAUCUAAAGAAGUACAUGGACAAGAAGCUUCAAAUUAAGAUGAAUGCUGAUAGCAUUUUUGUUGGCACCCUUCGUGGUUUUGAUCAGUUCAUGAACCUGGUGAUUGACAACACCAUGGAGGUGAAUGGUGAUGAGAGAAAUGAUAUUGGCAUGGUGGUUAUUAAAGGAAAUAGCUUGGUCGCUGUUGAAGCACUUGAGCUGGUGCUAAUAUGUUGUGAUUUUAUAUAAGUAUCCGGUCAAGAUUACGUGUUUCCACGAAUUAUUUUGAAAUACCUAUAUAAUAUAUGAAGAUUUUUGUGAUAA